UAUAUUAAUGAAAAAAAAAAAAAUACUGUAAAAAGACAUAAAUCCAUAUACAUAUCUAUAAUAUGUAUAUAGAUUUAGAAUAACGAAUGCAAUCACAGAAACAUGGCGCUGUGUUAUAUGAGCUCAAGAAAUGUUGCCAUAUCGAAACCAUUUUUCAUGGGAAGUACAAUUUGCGAAACUCAUGAUGAAAAAAACCUGCGCCUUAAAAGACCUAUGUCACCACAUUUGACUAUUUAUCAAAUUCAAUUAACGGCAUUCCUUUCAAUUACACAUCGUACAACAGGCAUAAUAUUAUCAACCUAUGCUAUGUUGCUUGGUUUUGGAACAUUACUUAUACCAGGUGGUAUUCCUUGCCUCAUAGAAAUAAUUACAAAUUUAGGUUUAUCAGCUCCUAUUCUUUUCGCGGGAAAAACCUUGAUUGCUUUUCCUGCUACAUUUCAUACAUUAAAUGGAUUCCGUCACUUGGCUUGGGAUUUAGGAAUGUUCCUCACAAUUAAGGAAGUGUAUAGCACUGGUUAUGCAGUAACGGCAUUAUCAGGAAUUUCCGCUCUUGCUCUUGCUGCAAUAUAAAUUUAGAUAAUUGUAUUAUCUUAGAACGAUAUAAUUUAUAUUGAAAAUUAAUUGUACUAUUAGAUCAAUGUGUUCUAUCUUGUAUUUUGGAAACUGUAUUAAAUUUAU